UUGAUCGAACAAACAAAUCUUGUUCAAUCUUUUUGUUUUCCUCUUUUUUAAUGAAAAUAUGGCUUGCUUGACACUAAAAAAAUUUUAUCGCAAACCAUCAAUCAUAAUUAAGAAUCGCAAUAAUUGAAUUUGAAUUCAUCAAAGUCAACGAGGCCAAAAUGGAACAUUUAGCCAAACCACUUCCUAAAAGCGUCGCAAAAUGGAAAGCCGGAUUAUCGGCAGAAAACCGGGAAAAAAGGCAAGAAAAACAGUCUAAUUCUUUACGUUCGAAAAUUGACAUUUCACAAGACAAAUUGGCUUCAAUAUCUUCAAUUCCGAACAAUAAUGGCGGUAUUUUUCACUCAGCUCGGGUGUCGUUUGCCGAUUUCAGCGCGAUUAACAGUUCGAACUCAAAGUUUUCAGUCGGUCUGACGUCAACCGACAGCAUACGACUCGUAAUUGAGGGUGACGUGAAAAACUCCGCAACCCGUGUACCAGCGAGAGAGUCUGAUUUUUCACGCCGACACGACUUAAACCCGACACUAAAACCUUAUGGGACAAAUAAUCACCGACUUGAGAAGCUAAUCGCGUUAGUGAGUCGCAAGAAAAGAACAGCCCCUAAAAUAUCGACCGUGGAAAGCGUGAAGCUGCCUUAUGGUGAAGCUAAACAAGCAGUUCUUCCCAAGAAGUUGUUUGCUUCCAGACAAGAAAUUUCAUCCCUGUGUCGUCAUCUUGAGAAACUGAAGAAGGUGGACCCUCUUUACAGCGUGGCCAUUUACAAGCUGAAAGCCAUGAUGGCUCGUGACGAAGCGGUGCGUGAACUUAGAAGUUUUCAGCAGCAAAAGACAUCUUUAGGCCGUGAAUUCUCUUUCAUAAACAGUGAACAAACCUUCUUUAACGGGUCGCCAAACAGCAACCAAACCAAUCAAGCAACCUCUCUUCAACUGGCACACGGACAGAACUCUUACUCUAUUAUUGAAAUCGAAUUGGAAGAAAAUUUGCGGAACCAAAAAGCGAACGCAGCAGGUGUCAGAAAACUCCCGAUUAUUGAUUCGAUAGAACAAAAACUGCAUCAGAAGCGAAAAGCCAGCAACUCAAACUCUGGAUGUUCUUCAAGUGAACCUGAGAAAACUCCGGCAGGUCAAAAUUGCGGAGAUGUUACUGUUUCACGCAAGACAUCGAACUUCGAAGAGCUGCGUAAGACUAAAAAGGAGUUCGCAAACUUCGUCUCCAAUGAACUGUCAUCAAUGACUUCGGCGAAAGCGUUGCAGUCGGCCGAAACGUUUUUUGCCUCAAAACCAGUUGGCAUACGAGAUUUUUAUCUGUUUUCGAAAGGAAAACAAAUUAAAAGCUUUCCUCGAAAUGAAGAAGUUGAUCAAAUUACCAUCCCAAAAGAGAUUAAAAACUCAAAAUGUAAGAAGAAAAAGAACAGAGAGAAAAAAACUGAAAAAGAGACAACCAAAUCCAGCGAAUUUUCCAACUUGCAGAUUGCAGAUUUGUUUUCAACUUACAAACCAGAGGCAAAGUUUUCUUUUGAUACAACGGACGAGUCUUCAAUGCAAAACAUCGUGAGUAUGGAGAGCGUGACCGGGUACCUGAUCAACUGCCACAAGGACACCAAAAGUGUCCAGCCUAUCAGAGAGAGUUCUUCCUCACACACCUCCAGCAGUUUUCAAGGGGACCAAUUGCAGUUACAGUUAAAACAAGAGCUUCCUGUUGAAGUCUAUAACAGUAACACGAGCAACACUAGCAAGUCUCUCCCUUCAUCUUCAUCCAAUCGAGGUUUCCUCAGAGGAGUAGAGGUUGACAUGUUGGAGAGAUCUCAGCCGCAGCUGAUAAACAGACAGAGGGGAGGAGGAGAGGACCAAAGUCAAGACAGCACAGUCCAAAUCAGAACUGCAGUGUACGAUGGCCCCGAGUUCAAAUCUCUCACAAGUUCCAGAAGCAAAAACAUAGUGCCAUUCAACUUAUGCAAACCAAACUACAUACCAGCUCCGAAACCAACUCCUAGGAGUGAAAAUGGAAAUUAUGACACAAAAGCCAGCCAGCAGAACCCAAAUGGUGUAGAUUAUGAUGCCAUCGAUGAUACGACAAGUGAUGAGGCGAUAACUGAUUCGGCAAAGUUCAACAAAGUGCGGUCUCAAAAGUUCAUGGCGGCUAAAGAUGGAGAUAUUUUGUCACCCUCUAGUCACAGGUUGUCAAUUCUCUUCGACCGGAAGCAAAAACAGCAGUCUAGUCUUGUGAAACGCGACGGAAGAAUAAUGAAGCGGGCCAAUAGUUUCGGAUCUUCGGCCGAUUGUGGUGGUAAUGGUGUAUCAGGGGUAGUUGAUACAUGUGUAGUGGGCCCAACAGAGGAGACAGCGGCUGAGAAGUAUGCGAGACAGAACAAUUGCAUUGGUGGCAUCGACUUGCCCUCACCUCAUCACACUCAUCCUAACCCAACCUCACUCCCAUUCAUUCACGAACAAACCAGAGGCAAGUGGAGACCAAAACAGUCCUUAGACAACAAAAGCAAAGCCAGCAAAACCGGCUCCCCCAAAGCAGGCGAAGUAUACUGUGACCCGAUCAGCGGCGCCCCUCCCCUCUUCCUUCAUCGCAUCCAUGAGCUGAUAGAAAGUGUGAAUGAAAGUGUGAGGUGUGAACGAAUGAAGCCGAACAGAAGAAUACGAACUAAUAAUCAUCGAAUUAGUCUCACUAAUACUAACAGGGAUUCAAAUAAAUUGUGAUGUUUGUUUUAGUUUAUCAAAACAAGAUAGUUUUUCAUAGAAAGAUAUAAUUGAAUUCACGGCUUUUCCGUCACAUUAGAGACAAGAAGUUUUUUUUCAUAAUGAUGCUAUUGUUUUUGAUUAUUUUAA